CGUGCGUGCGUGCGCGCUCGCUCACAGCGGCGGCGGCGGAGCGGAGAGGCCAGAGCCGGAGACCGAGCUGGGAUCGGGCCCCGGGCGGGGGCGGUGCGAGAGGCGCCGAGCGGAUCCUGGGGGCGGGGACGGAGCCCGGGCGGGCGGGACUGGAGCAGAGCCCGGGAACGGGGCGGGAGGUCCCAGGGCCGCGGGUUGGGGGGUGGAGCCGCACUUCGUCGUCGCUGGGGUGCCGGGACUCCGGCCGCAGUGCCGCCGCCAUCACGGACUUCCUGUGGGACAAGCGCACGGGCCUCGCCGCCAGAACGAUGCCUCAUCCCCGAAGGUACCAUUCCUCAGAGAGAGGCAGCCGGGGGAGUUACCACGAACACUAUCGGAGCCGAAAGCAUAAGCGAAGAAGAAGUCGAUCCUGGUCAAGUACCAGUGACCGGACAAGGCGGCGUCGGAGGGAGGACAGCUAUCAUGUUCGUUCCCGAAGCAGCUAUGAUGACCAUUCAUCUGACCAGCGGUUGUACGAUCGUCGAUACUGUGGCAGCUUCAGACGAAAUGACUAUAGCCGGGAUAGAGGAGACACCUACUAUGACACAGACUUUCGGCAUUCCUAUGAAUACCAUCGGGAAAACAGCAGUUACCGAAGCCAGCACAGCAGCCGCAGGAAACACAGACGGCGAAGGAGACGUAGUCGCACAUUCAGCCGCUCAUCUUCACACAGCAGCCGGAGAGCCAAGAGUGCAGAGGACGACGCUGAGGGCCACCUCAUCUACCACGUCGGGGACUGGCUACAAGAGCGAUAUGAAAUUGUAAGCACGUUAGGAGAAGGGACCUUUGGCCGCGUUGUACAAUGUGUGGACCAUCGAAGGGGUGGAGCCCGAGUUGCCCUGAAGAUCAUUAAGAAUGUGGAGAAGUACAAGGAAGCCGCUCGACUGGAAAUAAACGUGCUGGAGAAGAUCAAUGAGAAAGACCCUGACAACGAGAACCUCUGUGUCCAGAUGCUUGACUGGUUUGACUACCAUGGCCACAUGUGUAUCUCCUUUGAGCUUCUGGGCCUUAGCACCUUCGAUUUCCUCAAAGACAACAACUACCUGCCCUACCCCAUCCACCAAGUGCGCCACAUGGCCUUCCAGCUCUGCCAGGCCGUCAAGUUCCUCCAUGAUAACAAGUUGACACAUACGGACCUCAAACCUGAAAAUAUUCUGUUUGUGAAUUCAGACUACGAACUCACCUACAACCUAGAGAAGAAGCGAGAUGAGCGCAGUGUGAAGAGCACAGCUGUGCGGGUGGUAGACUUCGGCAGUGCCACCUUUGACCACGAACACCAUAGCACCAUUGUCUCCACUCGCCAUUACCGAGCCCCAGAGGUCAUCCUUGAAUUGGGCUGGUCACAGCCAUGUGAUGUGUGGAGCAUAGGCUGUAUCAUCUUUGAGUACUACGUUGGCUUCACCCUCUUCCAGACCCAUGACAACAGAGAACAUCUAGCCAUGAUGGAAAGGAUCCUGGGUCCUAUCCCUUCUCGGAUGAUCAGAAAGACAAGAAAACAAAAAUAUUUUUAUCGGGGUCGUCUGGAUUGGGAUGAGAACACAUCAGCUGGGCGCUACGUUCGUGAAAACUGCAAACCACUGCGGCGGUAUCUGACCUCAGAGGCAGAGGACCACCACCAGCUCUUCGAUCUGAUUGAAAGUAUGCUAGAGUAUGAACCUGCUAAGCGGCUGACCUUAGGUGAAGCCCUUCAGCAUCCUUUCUUCGCCUGCCUUCGGACUGAGCCACCCAACACCAAGUUGUGGGACUCCAGUCGGGACAUCAGUCGGUGACAAUGAGGCUUUGGACCCCUCCUGCUUCUUGUGUAGCAGUGGGUGUCCAGUCUAGGACACUGGUGCUUUUUUAUACAAAAGAACAGAGCCAGAACUUACCCCCUUUCCCACCCCUGGCUCCUUUAUACCUGUGAAUAUGUGAAAUAGUGUAAAUAUGACAGAACUUGUACCUAUAGCUUCAGCGCCUGCUUUGUAUAUACUGCUAUUUACACUCUUCCAACCUCAUCUCAUGUGAAGUUGGAUGGGGGGCAGAUGAGGUAACCAGGUGGUGUCUACCCCAUGUUUUAUAAGAGAUUUUGUACAGUCUUUGUGAAAUAAAAUUACAUGCUUCAUCUGGA